GCGGCGUUCGGUGCUGAAGUGGGGCGGAUGGCAGAAAAACAGCGGCGAUGGACAUUACACCGCAGGAUUCCCAUUUACGAUGUCGUUAAAUAAGCAUCGGGACAUCGCGUUUUCACACCCAUCACCCUAGGACACUGACAGCCCAACACAAAGGGAUGCUGUACUUUCACUGCUCCCUGCACUCUCAAGUCCAUAAAUGACCCUUUCACCGAGAUCCAAGGAAGCCUAGGAGGCAACGGCGAGUCACACAAAAGAGGAGCGAGUGAAGUAAGGAAACAAGGAGAGGAAGUAGUCGCAGUUCACCUCAGCUCUCGUGUCCCUUUUCUGUGCCAGUUGGUCAGGGAUGGUGAGACGAGUAACCUCUCUUCCCUGUGGUGAAAAGACCCGCCCCUCCAGCGAGCCAAACAGCCGGUCCGUUAGCCAAACAGACGUCCAGACAGUCCACCGGUCAGUCACUCCUUUAACCAGCCUGCUAUCGUCCAGCAACCUAUUACCUCACACCAUGACUGCUCUGUCUCACCUGUUUUUAGGAACUCACUAAUUCAUGCCCGGCAGUGUGAGUGGAGUGGAGAUGAGAAAAAGGCAAGCGGCGCACAUCGAGGCCCCACCCCAGGCCCCUGGACAGCCCCGACCCAACACUUGUUGCCUCUGCUGGUGCGGCUGCUGCAAGUGUCUCUGGAGUGAAGACAGGAUUGAGAGGAGUGAACGACAGACCUGCACCAAGAUGGACAGUAUUGAAGCUGCAGAAGAACAACAACCCAGUCUAGACGAGGCGCUGUCGUGGGCUCGGAGCUUUGAGAUGAUGCUGCGCUCGCUGGAGGGCCGGGAAGUCUUCCGGGAGUUCCUGCGUUCGGAGUACAGCGAGGACAACCUGCUUUUCUGGUUGGCCUGCGAAGAGCUGAAGAAGGAGACGGAUCCCUUAGUGGUGGAGGAGAAGUCCAGGAUCAUAUACGAAGACUACGUGUCCAUAUUAUCACCCAAAGAGGUGAGUCUGGACUCGAGGGUCAGAGAAGGAAUAAACCAGAGCCUGACGGAGCCCAGCAACCUAAUGUACGAGGAGGCCCAGUUCCAGAUCUACACCCUGAUGCACCGCGACUCCUUCCCCCGUUUCCUCAACUCCAUCGUUUACAGAGACCUCCUGGCAAACGGGAGGCGCACCUGCCUCGACACCUAGACCCCUCCACCCUCCCUCAUCGCCAUCGUACGCCAACGAGACUACUACUUAAACUUCAAAUACUACUAUGGUGCCAGAAGUCGGGUUUGGAAAAUCUCUCCCUCUUUUUUGAUUGAAAAGACUGAAUGACAUCCAAGAUAGCUCGUUGUUUUUUUUAUUUAUAUUUUUUAAGCAAUUUAUAUCCAGUUCUCCACUGGAGCCAGGUCGGCCUUUGCUGGUUGGUUAUUGGUCAAUUUAAGACCAUUGAUGCUGGCCAGGGAUUGUUUUGCUAGCAAUUUGUGCUGUUUGUUACGGUUGACUGGCCAACCCAAUUGUCAGCUGUCGGUUGAAACGGCCAACCUGAUGGUCAGCUGCUGGUUAACUGUGGACGAGGACUCCUCAGGCGGUGGGGACAGAAGGAGAGAGAGAGAGACAAAACGGACAAGCAAACUGUUCCAGUACUGUAAUAUUUAGACCUCAUGCUUUCUACCCUCACUUUAAUACUCUCUCUCUCUUACUCAUUCUUUCAUAUUGUUUUGUUUUUCUAAUUCUGUCACAUUCCUUAGAUUUGUAACAUUUUGUGUUUUAAUUUCUUUACUGUCCAAACAUGACACCUAGUUGUUGGUGGGAGUCGGGGUGUCUCUGCCCAUUCAACCAAUAGAAGCACUGGCUCUGCAUGUAACUCUCUCUCUACAGUAGCUUGACGAUGUAAGCCGCGGACUGCAACCAUUUUUAAAUAUUGAGCUGUAUUAAGACAGGGGACCUGUCGCUCUGUCUGGAUGUCUAUAUUCAGUGAAGGGAAAAAGUACACUUCUGCCAAUUUUAAGCUUACUGCAGUUUUUUUAUUGAGGAGAUUUGAUGGCUUCUGCAGCGAAAGCAGCAGCACCUCCCCAUCCAUCCAUCCAUCCAUCCACCUGUUCGUCCGUCCAAGCACUUUCCUUCUUUAGGAUUCUUUAACUGGGAGAAGUAAGGGCUAGAAUUGUGGUUGGGCAGCUACAUGUAUUAGUAUUACUCAUAAAAAAAACUCUCCACUGAAAAAUCACAAUGCCUUUACAUGUUAGAAAAGGCAGCACAAGCGCUGCUGGAAUUUUCCUGGAAAGCAACCACAGUUUGUCCAACGAUCCCUACCUCCCAUCUUUUUUCCCUCCUCCCUCCAACUCAGACCAUCACAGCCUGACAAGCACAGGUGCCCAAUGUGGAGAAAGAAACCACCGCUGGAGAAAAUACAAACAAACCCACCCUGACUCCAGAGAGUCAUCUACAUUUUGAAAUUCUUGCGCAGAAAAAGAGGGUUUACCUUUUUUUUUAGUGUUUCACCGUGAAUUGAGCUUUAUGGAAAGCAGCUUCUACUUGGAGAACAUACGCAGAUGCAGCAGGCAAUGAUCUAAUUGAAAGGGUUAUUGAGUCCUGGCCUUUGUCUGUAAGGCUUUAGCUUUAGAUGCUGUAGGUAACGUGACAGUCCCUGGAGUUGGAAGUCCAGUAUCACGCUGCAAAUACGUGACCCGGGUGCCAAACAUGAUUUUAAAGAUGCUGUGAAGUGAUAUCAGAUGUGACUUGUCACCUGGCUGUAGAGUGUCUGUCUUUCCGGUGCGUGUCGGUUUCUCCAGCAGAUGGAGCUGGGAGAGUGUAUGGUAGUCCUUCAGUUAGCUACUGCCCAUUCAAAACACACAUUUCUUUUACCAGAGCUAGCGAAGAAGGUUGGUAUAAUAAUGCUAACCUGCUACCGUACCAGGCUAGCAAAGACGAUUGCAUAGUCAUGCUACACGCUAGCCUUCUCAACAAGGCUAGCUAGGUUUCAGCAUGCUGUAUGCAAGCAGUCAGCAUGCUUGUGCUAGCCAUGCUAAUCCUCCAUCCCACUGCCAGCCCUCACACACUCUGGUUUGUUUUUCUAAUCUGACUUUGACAGCAUGCAAUGAUAAUGGCUAUGUGUGUGUGUAUGGUGCAGUCACACACGUAACAGAAACAUUUAGAAAAAAAAACCUUUGAGAGGGUCUUGCCAAAUGUCCCAUUAACAUUUUUAGUAUUAAAAAAAAAAAAAAAAAAAGGACAUUUUGUUUUUUGAUGAUGUGAACUUUGUUCCUGGCCUGUGGAUGUGCAGUAGAAAGUGCAUGAGUGCAGUAUAUGCUAUUUCUUUUUUAAUUAACUGGGACUCCAAGUAAAUUCAUUGUGUUACAUGAUGGAUAGCUGACCUCUUGGUUUGGUGGUUAGUCUUAACGUGUCAAUGAAACAGUGCCACUCCUCACUGAUAAAUGUAGGCAUCCAUGUUGCCACCUCCUUUAACUACCUGAAGUUCACGUGCCAAGGUUGGUCUAGAUUAAGUUUAAGAGCAGGCGGUGCAGGAUGUCUUGCAGACUGUUGAAGUGCAAUUGGAUGUAGUUAGUGAUUAUAGGUCGGAGUCUAUUUGAAGCUGUGUCCCACUAUGUUAGAUCGGUUUUGAAUUGUCAGAAGUUUAUCUUUUAAAUGACUAACAACAACAUCUUUUAGGAUACUCAAAAUGUUUUAAAGCCACUGUUGGAUUAUUAAAAAAAAAAACUGGCUGCCUCAAGUUAGCAUUUGCAAGUUUUACUAGAGGACUAGUAUAAUAAGGCAACAGAUUCAAUUCCAUUUAAUUAAAAAAACAAACGGAUUCAAUGUAUCUUAAAAACAGAAGAAGAAUAGAAAUGCAGGACUUCUGCCAGAGCCUAAAUGUAAAAAAUAAAAAGUACAUGGGGUUUUGAGUUUACCUCCACACUUAUUUUCACUUGCAAUGUUAAAAAUGCCAACUAGACGAAGCUGCCACGUCAAAGCCAAGCUAUUAUUUUACUACAAAAGCUUUCUGUCGUCAAGUCGAGAAGAGAAGUCUAAACCAAUAACAGUUUUGCGAUGUUCCUUAUUGAAAAUAUACUAUAUUUAACCUUUGGCAAUACAGUGCUCGCGUGCAGACUACAUUAAUACCGAGAAGGACUUGAUUGAGAUUGCUGUAAUGAAGAGUUUAUGCAUGCGCUCGUUGAUCAGAAGCAGACGAAUACAGAGUAUUUAACCAGUUCUGACCCUGAAGGAUCAGUUGUCUCACUUACUUCUUAGAGCAGUUUACAUUUCCGGGAAACAUUUUAAACGUUGCAUUUAGACAACUUUGUAACUUUUUGACUCCUAAAGCAGAAAAAAUCCCUCUUCUCCUUGUUGCAGAGUCCAUACAGUAAUUAACAUGAGAAUGUUUCACCAAGAACCAGAUAAUGAAAUCAUGGUGCAAUUAAACCGAGUUUACAUUUAUAUAUAGUGAGAUGUGUGUACUUAUUAAAUACUCGUAACCGUGGGGAGCUAACUGUCCCCAGUGUGAGCAGAGAAGCCCGCAGGUCUCUGCCCUGUGCUAACUCCAUUAGCACUUUACAGGGUUUACAGGGAGGACAGACGUUUCCCGCUCACGUCGUUUCCUCUUAAUUUAUUGUGGACUUUUACACGGUGGGGGGGGGGGGAAAAGUACACGGUUGUUUAUUUUUAAUAACUGCAUUUCAAAUGUAGAUUUUUACAAGCAAUGAAGAUGACGUUGAGGUGAUGCGGUGCCAUCGCUGAGUUUAGAUUUUGUGUCUUUAACUUUCCAUGGGUUCAAAUGAGAUGAAGCGUGGCUGUGGGGUUUAUUGACUGAAGAAGAAGAAGACGAAGAAGAAGAAGAAAAGGUUGAGAGCUGAAGAGUCCUGAUGGGUUGGAGGAGGUUUGCGAAGCUUUGGCCUUACUGACACGUUUUAUUUUUCUUUCCUUUGUAUAAAAAAAAACAACAAACGUCUCCGUAGGCUUUUCACUACCUCUCAUGUUGGUUAAUUUAUUUCACAUCUAGUUGUCAAUGUACAAGUUGUUUUUAGAUCUACUUGAAGCCUAACACUGUAAACAAAAAUGUGCACAGAAAAAUGACUAUGUAUAUGACCAGAGGGGUUAAAGAGAGCUUGGCCUAGUCGAGUAUUUUUUUGUUUGUAUGUAUGUUUGUUUUUAAUUGUGUUGAGCUGAACUAGAUUUUGCAUCUCUAUAAAGAAUUCAGGAAUCCACUGUCUAAGGGCUAAUCCCAUUUUUGCCUAUGCAAAUCUGUUACUGUGGGUGAGUUGGGAAAGGGGCGAGCUACCGCACCUUUCACCUGUUUGAUGGACCAUGGUUUACAAUGCCCUUUGCUGAUAUUCUUCAAUCUUAUUCAGCAAAAAUGUAUGCUUUUUUUGUUUCUAUAUAAAUAUUAUACAUAUAUAUCUAUAUAUAUAUAUAUAUAUAGAUAUACUGUGUAUAUAUAACAAUUAAUAUACAGAGAAAAUAGUAUAUGCCUUCGUGAUGAUAAAAAAAAGAAACCUUGCUGAAAACAAAUAAAUGUGUUGUUGUCUGACAUGUGGCUGGAGUCUUAGUAAGAUGAUGUAGACGACUGGAAAUGAACCGGUUAAGUUGACUGACUACAAACACUAGUAGCUGACCCUGUGCAGUAUUUCCUAACUAAGGGGGAACACGUUUAUUUAUUUAAUAAGCAACCACAUCAUGACUUUCUCUGACACACAUUGUAUUCCAGCCUGUGAGGAGCUCCAGUCGGGCUGCCCAGGACUUGUCCUUGUCGUUUUUUCAGUGUAACAAUUGGUCUUUUUUUUAAGGCGAGACUAUGUAACUUUUGCUAAACAUUUCAUUUAAGGGAUAAAACAUUGUGCACAAGUAGAGACAAGUCAUAAAUUCAAUUAAAAGGCGAGAUCUGUGUAGCAUUAGCUAGCAUUAGCCGCCACAGUAAAACCUUUUGAGUACAUGAAAUUAAGCAAAGGUUGCGUUCACUGCGUAUGAAUUAAAUUAAAGAGUCAGACUUUGUUAUUUUGUCAUUUAAAAAGUUGCAUAGUCUCUCUUUGAAGGGCUGAGUUGGAGCAUGUGCGCUGUCCAUACGUAAGUCACAUUUCUUUGAACCAGUAAUCGAUAAAUAAAAUAUAAAUCCACUUUCUAUGAAAUAAUUAAACAUUUUAUCGUGAUUAUCUUUUAGCUGUGCGUCAGUGAACACUGCACAGCUGUCGGUGUGUAAUUAAAUGUGUGCAGCACCGUGUCGUCAGCAAACAACAGCAACUUUAUUUUUCUAUUCUCCAUCUUCUUGUUCUUUUUGUAGCCACAUCCAGUCAGACUAUCACUGUGCUAAUACAGUAGCGUUGAUGUGGAGCACAUCAGCAGAAGAGGGCUUUCUGUUUUUUUUAAUACUCCCCUAAUGCCAGAUGUAAGAAAAUAACACGUUACUUACGAGACCAUUGACUCGGCUCUUGAGAGCAACUUUUAGCUUCGAGUUCAGGGUUGAUUUAGGUCUAAUAAUUUAUUUUUUAACUCUUUAUUUGUACAGAAAACUAAGCUCCUGAACCGAGAUGGAAGUGAUAAUAGGUGUGUUGCUGUAUAGAAGCGUCUCCACAGUUCCUCACAGUGCAUCACGACUGAAGAAAGACUGAUAGUGGUUUGAAAAUCAACCUGCUUUGUGUGUUUCCCUCAGUUGGAUUUGGUGCCUCUUUAUGCUUCACAACAGACCUCAAGAUCUCUCUCUGUCUCUCUCACGUUCAGCGCCGUUAAAGCAGUCGGAGCCGAGACGGUCACGUUUUACAGCAGAAAUAACACUGAUGUUUGUUCCUCCUACUGACACCCUCAUAUUGUCUCUCGUGUACCUCUUUCAGAGGUGUUUGUGCUACUUUAGGAAAGAGAUUAUAUUUGUGCAGGUACCUGGUUGAAGUUGGUUUUCAACAGUUUUAGGCAAUCACUUUCUCUUUAUUGAUUUAGAUGCCUAAGCCUCUUGGUUUGUGUCAUGCCUUUGUAGAUAGAUCACAGGCGUUGAGAGAUGAUCCGCAGGUGAAAAUAAAAAGAAUUUUACUGUCACUUUAUGCGAUUAGUGUGACAUCUUUUUCUAUUCAGCAUGCUUUUUGCUAAAUAAAUGAAAUAAUUCAGUUAUUUGCUAUAAACGAUACUGUAUGAGUAUGUAUUCAAGUACUGCAGUAUGCAGACAAUUAAAAAUAUCAGAAACUCUUUUGAGAGGUUCAUAUUUUUCUUCUAGUAUGUUUCACUAAUAUUGACGGUUAUGGGUUCUUAAUUCUUGUUUCGAGUGUCUCAUGAAUUGCCAAAAUGACUAAAUGACCCUCUUUGUAUUAACAAAUAUAGACUAUGGUUGGUUAUUUCCACAUGCAUGACUUGCAGAGUAAUUUCACCAGGACAGUGCUAGUGCAGCGGGCUUCUUAAUCAAAGGUUUUGUUAGUUGAGCUCAAACUUUUCACUAUUUCUCACUGGUUGCUUGACAACUUUUGAUGACGACUGAGAUCCUGACGUUAAAGGAGGUCCCAUCGUAAACCUCGUGCACUAAUGGUCACCACGAUGUGGAGGGAAAUGUAUUCUCUUGCCACACAACGCAAAUGUGACCUCAAGGUUUCAGAUGUAGAAUGACAGCGGAGCCAGUAAGCUCACGAGUUCGAUAGAUUGUGCAACUUCCUCGAACAUCUCCGAGCACUUCAGGGUCGUGCUGCCCGAGGAGCCGAUUGCUUUCUUUGAGUUCUUUGAGAGAAAAAUUAUCAGAAGUCGCCCUGAGAUGCAGGAAUCCCUUCAUCCCUGUAGCAUUGAAAAGACUUCCCUGUGUUAUUAGUAAACCUUGAUGAUAAACACCAUCCUCUGUCGUGGAGUACCACGGGACGGACUCGUCUCAUCUAGUGAAUCUGUACUUAAGACAGAGCUGGUGCAAAUUCAUCAGCACUGAGCUUUCAGGAAUUUUUACAUUGUGUUGGUGUUGGCAUGAUAGUACACCACAGAUUGCACCAAGGACAGUUUACACCCAAUUUGUUUUGCUGUCUAAAAUUGUAUAAUUGUAAACUACACUUGUUAGUUGGAUGAGAGGAUGGAUACCACUCUCCAGACUCCAGGAUCGUAAGCUUCUUAAUCGAAUAAGCAUAUUUUCCAAAUGUCAAACUAUUCCUUUAAAAAAAAAAAAAAAAAAAAAAAG